AUGGUGCUAGCAUAUGGCGUGUGGAUGUGGACCUGGUGGCUUCCGUCCCUUUACUUCCGUAUGCACGAUGCCUACUUGAAGGAAGACAUCGAGGGCCGAAGCUUCCAGCAGUACCUCACCUACCACUUCAAUUACUGGAUGACCUCAGGUGGCAUCGCUGCAAUGUUCAAACUUCUGGGAAUCGGAAUUCUGACGCUGCUGACCAUUGGUGCCUUCAUCUAUGCCAUCUUGAUGCAGGACUCCCCGGUGCGUGGCCUGUGGCUUUGCACUGUCUGGGCUUCCGCUGCCUCGGUGGACCCGGCGGUGACCGCGAUGGAAGGCGGCGUCGGCAUGCUCUUGACCUUUGGGGGCCUCGUGCUCCUGGCAGUUCUGCUUACGACCAUCUCGGAUUUCUUCGCUGCGCAGCAGCGGAAGUCCAACGAGGGCCGGGACCCCAUCGUGGAGGGAGGACACCUUGUCUUGCUGGGCUUGUCCUCGCAGACGAAGCAGUUCAUCGAGGAGCUGGCGAUCUGCGAGGCCAACUCAGCUCCGAAGACCAUCGCGAUUUUGGACACCAUGCCGAAGUCUGAGAUUGAAGAAGAGCUCAAGCGGCAAAACACCAACACCGGAGAUCUCAAGAUCGUUUGCCGCGGAGGCCUCCCUUCUUCGGCCGAGGACCUGUGGAAGGUCGGCGCAGACGUCUGCAGCAGGAUCGUGAUUCUGGACGAGCCUUCCCUGCCACGCGAUGAGGCAGAUGCCAUCACCUUCGGCACCCUGCUCACGUUGCGAGGUCAGGGCAAGACUGGCUGGCCGAACAAUGGCCAUAUCUCAGUUCAGUGCUGCCUUGGCAAGAACGUGGGCUUCAUGAAUGAGCUUUACCCAGGGAAGACCUACGUCCUGAGCGGUGAGCGCCUGGGUCGCCUGAUGGUGCAGAGCGCACAGGAUCAGGGCCUGUGCCCCAUCUUCAACGCCAUCAUCGGCUUCGACGGAGACGAGUUCUACGCCGCCAAGGCCGUAGACAUCGGCCUGGUCGGCAAGACCUUCCAGGAGGUGCCUUUCUGGUGCGAGAAGACGGUGCCGAUUGGCAUCCGGGAUGGGUCAGGUGCCUAUGUGAUCAACCCGGAGAAGACCUACAAAGUGAAGAUGGACGACGAAAUUAUCGUUCUGGCCGAGGAUGAUGACGCUAUCCAGCGCAUGUCCUCGCCAUUGAUGGACUUUCAGGCCUGGCAUCGCAAGUACGGCGCGGCCACCUUUGUGGAAGCCGAUCCCAACGACAACGAGCAGGUUCAGGUCCUCAUCUGCAACUUUACCGAGCGAGGAUACGGCUGCGCCAUCCUCUUCGCUCUGGACGAGAUGGUCGCUGCAGGAUCGGUUUGCGACAUCUUCUGCUCGCUCUCAGAAGAAGAAGCCAGGGCCAUCCUGAAGAAUGCCGAGGAUGAACAAGAUCGCAAGCUGAAGAAUAUCCAGGUGAGGUCAAUCUACACCACGGCCCAGCAUCAGAUGACGUCGCAGCACAAGCUCAACAUCAUGCCCUUGCAGGACUACACCUUUCACUUCAUCCUGGCAGACAGCGCCCUUGGGUUCCAGAAGGCCGACGAGCAGACGGUGGCCAUGAUCCUUCAGAUGAAGAUGCUCCUGAAGGAUCGUGCACCUGAGCUGGAAUUCAAUCCACUGGUCGAGAUCUGCACCACUAACGCACAUGCGCAGCUGGAGCUCCUCGGUAUCCAGAACACCAUCAACACGAUCUCGAUGAUGUCACGCGCGCUGGCGCUUGUGGCAAUUGACACCCUGGCACAUGGCGUGCUCUCAGACUUGCUCUCGGCCACGGGCAACAACAUGGAUAUCAUGCCUCUGGCUGACUACUUGGGAACGCAGCCGCUCCCCUCGCAGAUCUCCUUCGCAGAAGUGACCGCAAUGGUGAAUCGCGCGGCUCAUCAGGUCGUGAUCGGCUGGUCGGAAAGAGAUCACCAUGGCAACAAGGUUUGGGUGGUGAACCCCAAGGAGAAGCUGCAGCCACGGAUUUGGACGGAUGAGGAUCGGAUCGUGGUGAUCAAGGAUGUGUGA